AAUUCGAUGCCGCGAAUUGACACCCCUGUUGCUAGCAGCGAACUUUCUAAGCUGUGAAUACCCUCGCCGCGGAAGCCAGGACCAAUAGAGAAAAUACAGCACUCCCGUCACCACUCCCUCAGGCGCAUGUAAACCGAGCCCCAGAGGCCGACUGGGAGUGAAAAUCCGCAUACAUACACGACCCAUUUCCCCUCGCCGACCGCCGAUCACCAUUCGCGAUGCAGCCGUCCAAGGCCCUCCAGGGCGUCUAUCGCAAGCUGCAAUUGACCACCAAGGACAUCAAGAAGGGCUUCUACAAGGGUACAGGCUCUGGGUCUAUGGGCAGUCACACCAAAUGGGGCACAUACAAGAUCGAUUGGAGGAAAGUCAGGACAUAUGUGGUACCGAAAAACCUGGCAGAGACGAAGCUCACCCCCUUUGUCACAAAGAAGAUGGAGCCCAUAAACGGAUUUGGGCAGUAUCGCGACCGCGCCGGCCCCAAGAGUCCUCAGCUAUACCUGGACAGGUGGAAGGCCGAGAAUGGGCUUGACUGAGGUUCCUAUGUGAGGAAUAGUGAAAAGGGGAUCGGUGGGCUGCGACUAGCCUAGAACUGACGGGCCUGGACCAGCCUCCUGCUGCUCUGCCCUACUUGUAUCGCUUCGCUAUGACAUCCAUGAAUGAUUGAUGGCUAGCUGGCCGCGCGCAAGGGGUUCUUGUCGCCAAGGCAAAGGCUGGAUAUACACGGUGACCACACAACAGCUUAAAGGCCACCUAAGGAUUGUAUUUCUUCUAGGAGUCACGGCAGAGUCUGUCUGGUUGGCGCGGCUCAGCUGGAUAUCAUGUAUUAUACCGGGGAACGAAUCUAUGUAUGAACAAAUGCGCGUAUAAAAAGACUCUCGUGUAGACUUGGGUAGGCAAUAUUCCAAACUUGGCGCCCUUGCGCUUCCUGGGCACAGGACUAGGAGGUAGAAUCAAAACUGGAGAGACAUGUCUCG